AUGGCCGACACCAAGACCAACACUCCACGGGGGGACGACGUGGACACCCAGCAUGAAGAGACCAUCAACGCCGAGAUGCUCACGUCUGAGGCCAAGCUCGCGGCCGACGCCGAGCACAACAUGAGCCUCUGGCAGGCCGUCAAGACGUACCCCAAGGCCAUUGGCUGGUCGGUCCUCCUGUCGAGCACGCUCAUCAUGGAGGGCUACGACCUGGCGCUGCUGGGGAACCUGUACGCCUCGCCCGUCUUCAACAAGAAGUUCGGCGAGUACGUCGCGGCCAAGGACGACUACGCCAUCUCGGCCGCCUGGCAGUCGGGUCUGUCCAACGGAGCCCGCGCCGGCGAGAUCUUUGGGCUGAUCCUUGCGGGCUGGGCGUCUGAUCGAUGGGGAUACAAGAUGACGACCAUUGGGGCGUUGGUUCUGAUGAUUGCGUUUGUCUUUGUUCUCUUCUUCGCCCCGAACAUCAAGAUCCUCGUCCUGGGAGAGGUGCUGUGCGGAAUCCCAUGGGGAGCCUUCCAGAGCGUCACGCCCGCCUACGCUUCUGAAGUUGCGCCGGUUGUGCUGCGGCCGUAUCUCACCACCUUUAUCAACACGUGCUGGGUGAUUGGCCAAUUCUUCGCCGCCGCCGUCAACAAGGGCUCCGUGAGCCGUGAUGAUGAGUGGGCGUACAGGAUCCCCUUCGGCGUCCAGUGGGUGUGGCCUGUUCCCAUUCUGGCCGGAUUGAUCUUUGCGCCCGAGUCUCCUUGGUGGUACGUACGAAAGAACAACAGAGCCGCGGCAAAGAAGUCCCUCCUACGCCUUACCUCGCGCAACCAGCCCGACUUCAACGUUGACGAGACCAUCGCCAUGAUUGAGCACACCAACGAGAUGGAAAAGCAAAUCAAGGGCGGCACCACGUACAGAGAUUGCUUCCAGGGCGUUGAUCUCCGCCGGACCGAGAUUGUCGUCGGCAUCUGGCUCGUGCAAACGCUGGGUGGUCAAAACCUCAUGGGUUACUUCUCUUACUUCCUGAAGCAAGCUGGAAUGGACGCCAGCAACUCCUUCUCGUUGUCCAUGGCACAGUACGCCCUCGGCAUGGUGGGCACGUUUGGAUCUUGGUUCUUGAUGGCCAAGGUCGGCCGACGCACGAUCCAUUUCUCGGGUCUUUGCGCCCAAUUCCUUUUGCUCAUCAUCGUGGGGUCGCUGUCGUUUUCUAACGACAAUAGCUCCGUCUGGGCCAUUGGAGCUAUGCUGAUCGUCUUCACCUUUGUCUAUGACUUCACAGUUGGACCGGUGACGUACUCUCUGGUCUCAGAGCUGUCAUCCACAAGACUCAAGGCCAAGACCAUCGUCCUGGCCCGCGCCGCGUACAACGCCAGCAACAUUUUCGUCAACGUCAUGACCAACUACCAGCUCUCAUCGACUGCUUGGAACUGGGGAGCCCGCACUGCUUAUUUCUGGGCCGGCACCUGCCUGAUGUCCGCCGUCUGGGUCUUCUUCAGACUGCCGGAACCCAAGGAUCGUACUUAUGCUGAGCUUGAUCUCUUGUUUGAGAGGCGUGUCCCGGCGAGGAAGUUCGCCAAGACUCAUAUUGACCCGUACUCUGGCGAGGUGAGUGACGAGAAGAAGGUGGUGGAUGAAAAGGAACUGUAG